AUGUCUCUGAAUCGCUCUCAAAGAGAGAAAUUUGUAGCUACCCAUAUCGCCCACAAGUACAAUCUUCUGCACAUCUUGCCAAGCAUCGAACAACCACAAUUGGCGGGAUUAUACCUCAAGAGUUUUUACAACGGUACCAAGAGAAACCGAUUGAAUCUGCCCGAUUCCAUCACGAAUGGAACCAAGUUUUGCGAAAGUUGUGGAGUGGUCCACAUUGCAGGUGUAAAUCUCGAAAUGCAAGUUGUCGAAAAAGAGGUAAAAGCUAGCGCGAAGCCAGAAAGAACACUAGAAUACAAGUGCUUACAAUGCAGUACUACAAAAGAAUUCACCUUAGAGGCUGCCGAACGAUUUCGUGAAGAUUUGAGGACAACUACGAGUCAACCUACCAUAAAAGGCACUUCUGCCCGCAAUGUCGAGCCACACACAACAGAAAAUGCAUCUAUGGUGAAGAAACAGUCAUCUGGUAAGGAGAGAGCGAAAAGAAGGAAGAUGAACUCGCUUUCCAACAUGCUGAACAAGAAGAAGGAGGCCGAGGCCAGCAAAAAGAGAUCGCUUACCUUGAGCCUGGACGAUUUUUUACAGAAAAACUGA